GUGCAGGAGCUGCCACGGGAGCAACUGCAGCCUCUAAAAGUAACAGCAACAAAAAAACCUGUAUGGAAAUAAAGUAUGACAUCCGCGAGGCCAAGUGCUGUGAGAAUCAACUUCAUCCAGGGGCAGGGCUGUCAUGCUGUGGAGGGCAGGCUUUCAACCCCGAAGAAGCCACUUGUUGUAAAGUAGAAGAUGGAAACACCAUAUCAGCUGUUACAGAGGGUGUUAGUGGAAAGGUGUCACAUUGCUGUGGACUGAAGGCCUACAACCAACUCAAUGAAAUAUGCUGUGAGUCAGCCGUCAUAGUCAAACCUGCACCAGUGGCCAAAUGUUGUGGUAAAGAGGCUUUUGAUGUGGACAAUCAGAUGUGUUGUGGUCCGACCGAUAACAGGAGGAUCCUGACGAGAAAUUCCAGAGACCACCUGUGCUGUGGACAUAACCAGUUUGACCCUAAGACUGAUUGCUGCUGUUGGAUGAGAGAAGGUCUAAAAAUACAACCCAUCAGGUCCAGCUGCUGUUUGGAGGAGUCAGGUCCGUCCAAACCUGCUCUCUGUGAACUGAACACCUACAGCACAAUCAAAGAACUAUGCAGUCAAUCAACUGUUGUAGCCAAACCUGCAUCAAAUGCCCAAUGCUGUGGCAAAUAGGCGUUUAAUAAAGACACACAUCUGUGUUGUGGUCCGACCGAUAACAGGAUCCUCCUGGGGAGAGAUUCCAGAGACCACCUGUGCUGUGGACAUAACCAGUUUGACCCUAAGACUGAUUGCUGCUGUUGGAUGAGAGAAGGUCUAAAGAUACAACCCAUCAGGUCCAGCUGCUGUGUGGAGGAGUCAGGUCGACCUGUGGAUGCCCCCGUUGUGUAUAACCCACAUACACAUGUCUGCUGUGGUGGCUGUGUAUCUGAGUGGAAGCCUAGGACACAUCAGUUUCACGGCUUACCUGGACAACGCUGCAGGGCUAAAGUCCAUCUCCCUCACACUGAGAUUUGCUGCGAUGGACAAAGACAUCUCAGACAAGGAAACACUCACUGCUGUGGGGUGAAAGCCUACAACAUUAAAGACCCACAGAUGAAGUGCUGUGCAGGGACACUGCACACCGUGCCUAUUGGACGUGAAGCACAGUGCUGUGGAUCCACUCUGCAAACCGCACCGAAACAAAAUGUUUGCUGUUUGAGUGAGGACAUGGAGGUGCUCUACUCUGCCAAAAUGGGAUUUGGAUGCUGUGGUCACCUCUACUACAACAGCUCCCUGUGGUCAUGCUGUGCAGGGACGCUGAGUCCUGCACCUCAACCAGGAUGCCAUCGGAGGGAGAAGGUUAAAGAAUCCAUACUUCUGUCGCUGAACAAUCUGAAUGAAGAAGAUCUUUGUGACGAAAUGCAAAUCGGGACUGUGGACAGUGUUUCCUUGCACGGUAUCGCGUUCAACAGUGUGCUGACAAUCCAUGGAAGAAGCGCCAUUGUGAUCCCUCUGGCCUCGCCUCACAUCCUUCAAACACCUGAUCACUGCAGCGUCCCGAAACUCGUCCUUGGGAAGAGCUACUUCUUUGAUAAAGUUAAUGUCUUCACGGAUUCCAACCAUGACUCUAUUCUCCAGUCCCUCCAUUUCAUUAUUUCCAAAUGCUAUCGCCCCCUUUUACCACCACAAUUUAAUCUGUUCCUGUAUGCAUGAUCAGGGUUGGACAAUUUACUUGAAUAAUUUUAUCAGUCGUUAAAUACUUAUCAAAAAACAUACAGCCAACCUAUGACUGUUUAAGGCCAGGAUUAAUUUACCUAACACUUAAUUUCUUUAACUUUUUAUAGCAUUUUACCAAACACCAACAAAUUAUCAGCCAAUUAAACUGGAACCUUUGGAUCCGAAUCCAUAAGACUCGUCCUCAUCGGGAAUCUGCAGGGUUCAUACUUCUUCUAACUCUGAACUGAGCCUGCUGACUCCUGAGGAGUCUUCCCAGCUAGCGCAAGACACAAUGUGUAAACAGUACAACUGUGGAGUUAUUGUCGGGCAUGUUCCUCGUCUUUUAGCAAAAACUAGCCAUCAUCUCCCACUUCCAGCCUCUUCACUCAGUCCGUACCAAACAGUCUGUCUGUCCACUGACAGACAUCAAAUAAGACAACUCUCCAAAAUGUUGAAAUAGCAGAGCUUCAUCACUCAGAUUAUUAACUACAACGUUCUGCUGAGUUUCAAACUGUCAUUUUUAUUUCUUACAUUUUUAUUUUCGAGUUCUAGGAAUGACAGACUGGUUACAGCUACCAUUGUUCAGUAAUCACUGUAACACUGCCCAACAUGGUGACACAUUCAUCUUUAAGCUGUGAAGUAUACUUUUCAAGAUUCAGGUUUUGAGUAAAAGCUGUGAUCUCUGCAGAAAGAAAGUGUCUGGUAUCCGGCAACAUGCAAGAGUAUUAAUAUGUAGCUUUAUUUUCACGUAAGCUAAAUAGCUAUUAGCUAAUGUGGUCUGUUUUUUAUUAUUUUUAAAUUGAUAGAAAAACAACAUAGUUAGUGGCAACCGUUUGCACACAUGUCACUCAUACAGAUGUAUGUUUACAUGUAAAUGACAGGACUUUUCACGUCAUUAUUUAUGAUUUAUUAAUAAUUGAUAAGCACUGUUACUGUUCAUUUCUGCACUGUUUUAUAUAUUUUCUCUAUCUUCAUACAUUCAGUUUCUUUACUUAUU